UCAUGUUCAUAAAUCCUCCUAUCUACGACAAAUCCCCACGCGUGUUGAGAGAAGAGGUUUCUUUUGUGUGCUGCAGUCCAAUUUUCUUUUCAAAGUUAGUGCGACUUCAAGUACUUUAAUAGUAAGGUCAGUUGAAACAGAUUCUCGGUUUCAGAAGUUCUUUCGAAGUCUAUUCUUCGUUUUGCGGUGCUUUUGGGCAACUUGGAAAUGGUGAAAGAAACGGGGUACUACGAUAUCCUGGGUGUUAGCCCCACGGCUUCACCCGCGGAGCUGAAAAAGGCGUACCGCAAGCUCGCUUUGAAGUACCACCCGGAUAAGAACCCAGAUGAGGGAGACAAGUUCAAGCAGAUCUCCCAGGCGUAUGAAGUACUCUCGGAUGAGAAGAAGCGCCAGCUCUAUGAUCGGGGAGGUGAGCAGGCGCUGAAGGAAGGUGGCGGUGGCUUCUCUGGCUCGUCGCCAAUGGAUGUUUUCGACAUGUUCUUCGGUGGCGGCGGUGGCGGCGGCGGUGGAGGUCGCGGCAGCCGAGAACGGAAGGGAAAGAAUCUUGUUCAUGAAAUCGAUGUGCCCCUUACGAGCAUGUACAAUGGAGCCAAGCGCAACCUGGCUCUACAGAAGUCCGUGAUCUGUAAGGCAUGUGAUGGCCGCGGCGGCAAGGAGGGAGCCGUAAAACAGUGUGACACAUGCAACGGAAGAGGAGUACAGGUACACAUUCAACAGAUAGGACCGGGCAUGGUACAGCAAAUGCAGAGCAGAUGUCGAGCGUGCAAUGCUACCGGAGAGACUAUCAGAGAGAAGGACAAGUGCAAGACGUGUAAUGGCAAGAAAGUCACACAAGAGAGGAAGAUACUGGAGGUUCACAUUGACAAAGGCAUGAAGGAUGGGCAGAGAAUUGCAUUCCACGGUGAAGGUGACCAGAACCCCGGCCUAGAACCAGGUGACGUUAUCAUUGUACUUGAAGAGAAAGAACAUCCGAUUUUCAAGCGUGACGGAAACAAUCUUGUGAUGAAAAUGGAAAUUGAGUUGGUUGAAUCUCUCUGCGGAUUCAAGAAGACGAUAACUACUCUUGAUGAUCGCCAGCUUGUGAUUGAAGCUGUCCCUGGCGAAGUUAUCAAACCGGGUGAUCGCCGUGUUGUCAUGGGUGAGGGCAUGCCCACACAUCGGAACCCAUUCGAGAAGGGCAGGCUCAUCAUUCUUUUCGACGUCAACUUCCCGAAAGCAGGCUUCCUCAAAGGAGACGCGGCGAAGGAGCUGGAAAAGAUUCUUCCCGACCGCCCAGCUGCACCGGACGUCCAGGACGAAGCUGAGGAGGUUUUGUUAGAGGAGUUUGAUCCCAACAAGCAUCGGCAGAGUGCAAGACGGGGCGCGAACGAUGAAGAUGACCAGGACGGCCAGCCGCGUGUAGCAUGCCAGACACAGUAACAGGCUGAUGAUGCCUCCUCCAUGCUGCUGCUCACCACCGCUACAAGAAUAGCAGUACACUUACACUAUACUUGCUGCUUAUAUACAGUGUUGCUGCUGCUGCCACUGCUGCUGAUGAUGCUGCUGCCACUGCUGCUGAUGAUGCUGCUGCUGCUUUCUAGGUUUCUAUACAUUCUCUGAAGGUAGACGCCGUACUAGAACUCUCUCCGUCCCCAAGCCCCCGGGAUGGCAACAGCCAUGAAACUUCACAUUCGGCUAUGUACGGACUAUCCUGCUCAUCUGCCAUUGCGGCUAGUCUUGUCAUGCUUCACUUGACCUUGCCACACACCCUUCUCCGUGCAGACACGACCCCCGAAAUUGCUCAGUCUGAUCGUACACCUGACGUUAUAUUUAUAUGCAGCGCAUUUGUUUUUGUUUUGUUUUUGUUUGUUUUUUAAUUUCACAAGCAUGAUCGGCACCAUUCACUGUUGUCGACUACUAGUAACUUAUGCGUGUGGUACCGUUUGCGUUAGUAUGCCGUUCCAAACAAGAGAGAACUGCGUUGUGUUGUUGGAAGAGUUAUUCUCAUUUCCCCUCUCUCUCUGUUGGUGGAUAUCAGGCAUUAUCAGCGCCAUACCGGAUGGCUGUGUUGGCUUCACACGUACAUGUACAUGUAUCUGGACUCUAGAGCUGCUUGAAACCUCUCACAUGAUCGGUGCGUGCCACACUUCUAUCGGGUAUAAUUAUUAUUUUUUUACUUCAAAGUUUGUUUUCUUUGCCGCCAAUCCGUAUAAAUAUUGAUUUGACAUAAUCUUUUAGAUGUUCUACAUUUCUACUAGCUGCCAUUGUUCAAUGUCUGGUUUUCAGAACUAGAAUGAGUUUCGACUAUCAA